AUCCGCGAUUGGAAAACGAUCCGUGGAUCAACGUCGUCAACAGAAUAAACAAGCACGAAAGCGUGAGGAAAAUGGUGCAGCAGCAGGUUCGGGGAAACGACAGAACCGAAGGUCCUGGAGGUUUUUCGAACAAACUGGAGAACGCGGAGGAGAAGAUCGAAAUAAAUGGGAAUGAUGGAAUCCUGGCUGAUGAGGAGAAAGAAGAAUUUGAGUGUUUCAGCAUCCUCGUUACGGACACGGACCAUUCGAUCUCGACGGACGACUCGAACAGUCCUGGAUCGAGGGAGCAGUCGACGAGUUGUUCGUCGCCGGAGUCCGGGCUCGAUUCCUUGAGUUCCUACGACUGUGGGACGAGACUGCGAGGGCAAUUAGCGAAGGCUUAUUGCGCGAGGGAGUCCGUGAGAACGGUGAAUGUCACGAGCAAUAGACUUUUGUGCGUCAUUUCCGAGAGCGACGCGUUGAUGGGUUUGCCACAAUUUUUGCCAAAAAAACCGCCCGACUGGUUCCCUCGUCAAGUGCCGUCAAGAAAAUCGGCGCGGAGAUAAAAAUGUGCGAUAA